AUCAGCUGUUUGAUAAUCGUCUUCGCAGAAAAUAUUCAGUCCGCCAGAUGGUUUUGUUUGUGUAACCGGUAUUUGUGAAUGCUAUUUCAAUAAGUAUAAUAUGUCGAAUAAGUGUCUAUUUUUGCUAAUAAAUCAAUCAUGAAACUGCUAAAAACGUGCUCUUAUGUCUGGCAUCUCGGAAGCCAUCGUAAUUUCUUCGGCCGGAGAAAGUACGACUUGGGAAAAUGCAAUCUUGUAGAACCAGGUAAGGUGUCUCCGGAACGGCCCGUGCCAAAGCAUAUCAAUAAACCUAGCUACUACUUCGUUCGGAAUUCGCCCAGCUCUGGCGAUGGACCGCCCGAGAUCAAAACCGAUUCGCAAAUCCAAAGCAUGCGAGACAGCUGCAAAUUGGCGGCGAACAUCCUGAAGAAGACAUGCGGUUUUGCAAAGGAAGGAAUUUCCACGGACGAGAUUGACGAGUUUGUCCAUAACGAGGUGAUACAAGCGAAUGCCUAUCCGUCCCCUCUACGCUACCUAGGGUUUCCUAAAUCGGUUUGCACAUCGGUGAAUAACGUCGCCUGCCAUGGAAUUCCCGACGACCGGAAGCUAAUGGAUGGUGAUAUUGUUAACAUCGACAUUACGCUGUUCUACAAUGGGUUCCACGGUGACUGUUCGCGAACGGUUUUGGUGGGAGACGUCGAUGAACGUGGCCGGUAUCUGGUAGAAUCUACUGAGGCCUGUCUGGCAGAAUCCAUUCUCUGUUGCGGUCCAGGGCAACCUCUAUACGUCAUCGGGAAGUCGAUAGCCCGGUUUGCCAAAUGGAAAAAGUUAACCGUUAUGCCUGCCUUCCUGGGACACGGAAUUGGAAGUUAUUUUCACGGGCCACCAGAUAUAUUCCACUUCGACAACGAUUUUCCAGGUGUGAUGCGGCCGGGAAUGACAUUCACCAUAGAACCGAUCCUUACUUUGGGGGUUAUGGACGCAGAGAUUCUUGAAGAUGAUUGGACCGCAGUGUCGGUAGAUAAUGCCAGAAGUGCGCAGUUCGAGCAUACCAUUCUAAUUACUGAGGACGGAUGCGAAGUGCUAACAGUGCCCGAUUGAUUUCAUCAGAUGUAGUUGUCUAUAAGCCUGAAAGUAUAUUGAAGCGUUUUCGAAUUUUUCUUGAAUUCAUGCGUAA